AUACUCGACUGGCCCUCUCUCCUCGUUCUCGUCGCUCACUCCCCCUCCCUCACUACCCCGCCCGGUGCGCAAUAAAUACACACUCGUUCACCCAACAUGCGCAUCGCGUUCCUCCUCCUCCCCCUGGCUCUCGCCAGCCUGCCCCCAAACCAUCCCGCCUACAGGCGCCAUCACGCAAAGCUCAUAGCUCGCGCCAACGGCACCGAUACCGACACCGGCGGCGGUGGCUCCAGCAGCAGCACCUCCUCCCCUUCCACCGAGGGCCCCACUUCCUCAUUUGUUCCUCCUUCCUCGACCACCCCCCCGCCCCCUCCCUCAAGCUCGAGCACCAGGCCAUCGUCCUCCGACCCUCCAACCACCACCACCUCCGCUGACGACACGUCGAGCGCCGAUACCUCGUCUCAAGUUACCUCGAGCACUCCCAGCACUUCGGCCACCUCAGCCGCGAUCAGCUCGAUCAGAUCCUCAGUCUCUCAAUCCCGAACGAGCGCAAUCGACACGGACAUUGUCUCCUCCCCCUCCAACUCGCGCUCCGCUGGCAGCCGCACCGUCGUCAGGACAGCUACCGCAUCGGCAUCUGCCUCAAAGGCCGCAAAGGACUCUGAGGAGGAUUCAAACAGCGGGCUGCCAAAGGGCGCCUUGAUCGCCAUUAUUGUCUGCUCGGUCGUUAUCGGUGUGGGAGGUAUCGCCUGGACCCUCUUCCGCAAGUGGAAGCUCAAGCCCUCCAAGGGCUUUGACCAGCGCAUGCAGCCUGUCGACUUCUCGCCCAACAACACCGACAUGGGCGAUGACUUCUUUGAGAAGACCAUGGCGCGUGACGCGGACGCCGAGCGCCAGCGGCAGCAGUUCUGUAUCGAGCUCGACAACGACGCCCAAAAGGAUGCCACUCUGGUCUCCGAUCUUCAGCACGACUUUACGGCUGGACCUGCUACCGGCGGUUACGGCUACCAGCCGAGCCCUUACAACAACAACAACAACAACAACGGCUCGCAGAACUAUGACUUUUCGACCCCUCGUCAGGACUGGAACGCUGGAGCCACAGGAUACCCGCCUCAGCAAGGCGGGGCCUACUUCAACGACUACCCGACGCAGGAUGCGCCGGACCAGCAGCACUCUGCGCACGGGCACGGCUCCUACGCCGAUCACAGUCAGCAUGGCCACGCUGGCGGGUACGCCGACUUGCAGCGGGGACCUAGCGUUGGCCACGCGCCGGCACCCAUCGACUUUGGCUCCGACUUUGCGAUCUCGGGUCGCCCCACGGACGGAUCGGCCGGCCCCUCAAGCCCGUACGCCCAGGCGGCGACGUACCGGUACUAGGUGGAAUGGGCCUGCGUCGCUCUCCACCGUCGCGUCGUUGGGACGCGGCUUGUACCCGCCUAAUGAGUUGUGCACAGUCGUAGAGGUAUACCCUUUCGUGUUUUCGUAGUGCUCAUGGAUAGUGAGUUUGUACCAGAGCGGCGGAGCGGCGGGGCAGGAGGGCACACAGCGGUGCUACCGGCCGGCACUGAUUGCAAG